AUGACUGCGAGGAGGGCUUUCCCGUCCUCGUCGAACACGGCUCCGACACACGGCGGUUUUGCCUCUGCUGCCGCCAGGCAGGAGCAUGUUUUCCACUCCCAGCUCGAGGAUCCCGCCGCGUCUUCCCUGCUCUCUUCGCUGGGCAAACCCCAAGCCGUCCCGCAGACCUUGACCGAGAAGAUUGUGCAAAAGUACGCCGUCGGCUUGCCCGAGGGCAAGUUCGUCAAGUCGGGAGACUAUGUCACCAUUAGCCCUGCUCACUGCAUGACACACGACAAUUCCUGGCCGGUUGCGUUGAAGUUCAUGGGAAUUGGUGGCACGCGUGUUGCGAACAACAGGCAGACGGUCAUGACGCUGGACCAUGACGUGCAGAACAAGAGCGAGUCAAACUUGAAAAAGUACAGACAGAUCGAGGAAUUUGCCAAGAAGCAGGGUGUUGACUUUUAUCCUGCUGGACGGGGCAUUGGCCACCAGAUCAUGGUGGAGGAAGGCUAUGCCUUCCCCGGAACGUUGGCUGUGGCAUCCGACAGUCAUACCAACAUGUAUGGUGGUAUUGGUUGUUUGGGAACUCCUGUUGUCCGGACUGACGCCGCCUCUAUUUGGGCUACCACCAAGACCUGGUGGCAGAUCCCUCCCAUCGCCAAGGUCACCCUCACCGGUGUCCUCCCCCCGGGUGUCACGGGCAAAGAUAUCAUCGUGGCCCUUUGCGGUCUUUUCAACAAUGACGAAGUCCUGAACCAUGCCAUUGAGUUCACCGGCUCCCCCGAAACUCUCCUCAGCCUCCCUAUCGACGACCGCCUUGCUAUUGCUAACAUGACCACUGAAUGGGGCGCAUUGAGCGGUCUAUUUCCCAUGGACUCAUUGCUACAGGGCUGGCUGCGGUACAAGGCUACAGAGGCGACUAUGUUCAAUUCUGGAAACAUCUUGGAGAGCAACCGCAUUUCCCGUUAUAACCAUGAGCGCCUUAACGAGCUUUUCCAAAACGCGCCCGCUGCCGACCCCGGUGCGACAUAUGCUAAAAAGCUUUACCUUGACCUGUCCACUUUGUCCCCUUACGUUUCAGGCCCCAACUCUGUUAAGGUCGCUACGCCGCUCCCGGAGCUGGAAUCCCAAAACAUCAAGGUCAACAAGGCUUACCUCGUUUCCUGUACUAACUCUCGCAGCUCUGAUAUUGCUGCUGCCGCCCGUGUUUUCAAGGAGGCCGCUGAGAAGAACGGUGGCCAGGUACCGAAGAUCCCCGACCAUGUGAAUUUCUACAUAGCGGCGGCAUCCAGCUUGGAGGAAACUGCAGCGAGGGAAGCAGGCGAUUGGGACACGCUACUUCAAGCUGGCGCUCAGCCGCUGCCCAGUGGAUGUGGUCCGUGCAUUGGCCUCGGAACAGGGUUGCUUGAACCCGGUGAGGUAGGCAUCAGUGCCAGCAACCGGAAUUUCAAGGGCCGUAUGGGCUCCACGGAAGCCAAAGCGUAUCUUGCUAGCCCCGAGGUUGUUGCUGCCAGUGCGCUGAAUGGCAAAAUCUCUGGACCUGGCUGGUAUCAACAACCUGAGGGAGUCCAGGGUGUUGUCCGCGGCGAGGGCGAUCUCAUUGGCAACACAAUCGAGGACGCGCUGGAGAAGCUCAUUGCCCAGGCAGACGAGAUGAUUGCGACAAGCGAACAGUCAGUUGCCAGUCAGGAAAGAAGUGAUGUUCCUGCAGCUGAAGGAGCCGAAACUUUGACAGAGAUUCUCCCCGGUUUCCCGGAAAAGGUGUCCGGUGAAAUCGUCUUCUGUGAUGCCGACAACAUCAACACUGAUGGCAUCUACCCCGGCAAAUAUACCUACCAGGAUGACGUCACCCGGGAAAAGAUGAGCGAAGUCGUCAUGGAAAACUACGACAAGCAGUUCGCAUCUAUCGCCAAGCCCGGUGACAUUUUGGUCAGUGGCUUCAACUUUGGUUGCGGUAGUUCUAGAGAACAAGCCGCGACGGCUAUUCUGGCGAAGGACAUCCCGCUUGUCGUUGCUGGCAGCUUUGCCAACAUUUUUGGCAGAAACAGCAUCAACAAUGCUUUGAUGGGUGUUGAAGUGCCACGCCUGGUCCAGCGCCUACGUCAAACUUUCUCUGGCAGCAAUUCUUCCUCGCCGGACUCGCAGCAAAAGAUCCAUGAGCCACAAAAGAACAAGCAAUCCCUCGAUUCUCCGCCUCCGGCGCCAGUGAACAUUCCGGCAGCAGAGAAGGUGCUCACGAGAAGGACGGGAUGGACUUUUGAAUGGGAUGUGAGGAGGAGCAAGGUGACUGUGCAAGAAGGCGAGGGCGGUGAGAGGUGGAGCCAGAAGGUCGGCGAGCUGCCUCCUAACGUUCAAGAGAUCAUUGCACUAGGAGGUUUGGAAAGCUGGGUCAAGAAGAGCAUUGGUUAAUAGCGCAUUUAUCCCUAGAUCGCGAGAUGUAAGUUAUUUAAAAAAGAAUUUUAGCGAUUUCUACUG